AUAUAACAACAAUAACAUAGUCAGUGUAAUCACAUAAGUGGGGUCUGGAAAGGAUAGUAUAUACGCAGACCUUACCCCUACCUCGCGAAGAUAGAGAGGUUGUUUUGGAUGGACCCUCGGCUCAAAAGCAAACACCUAGUUCCAAUAUAUGUACUUCCCAACCUCUUUAAAUCUAAUGCAGAACAACAGCAAACUUAGCUAACUUGAUUGUUUUCCCUUUUUUUCUUUUUGAACUCCAAAAUGAAGACUUUGAUAUAUCUUGUCAUAUUGCUACUUACCUUAACAUUGAAAACAAGCAGCAGCAGAAAUAACCUAGUAGAAACCACAUGCAAGAACACACCAAACUACAACCUCUGCCUAAAAACUCUACUCUCCGACAAACGCAGCGCCAGCGGUGACAUCACGACGCUGGCGCUGAUCGUUGUGGACGCCAUCAAAGCGAAAGCGAAUCAGGCGGCGAAAAUCAUCUCAAAGCUACGUCAAUCCAAUCCUCCAGCAGCCUGGAAAGUUCCAUUAAAGAAGUGUGCCUUUUCGUAUAAGGUAAUUUUAACAGUAAGUUUGCCUGAAGCUAUUGAAGCUUUGACUAAAGGGAACCCAAAAUUUGCUGAAGAUGGUAUGGUUGGAUGUUUUGGUGAGUCUCAGGAUUGUGAGGAGAAUUUCAAGAGUAGUUUUUCUCCUCUUACUGGUUUGAACACUGCAGUGCAUGAGCUUUCUGCUGUUGGUAGAGCAAUUAUUAGGAAUUUAUUGUGAUGCAUUCCCUUUUAUGUGUCGGUAAAGUUGUUUCUGUAUGACCAGGUCACGGGUUUGAAUCGUGAAAGCAGCCACUAAUACUUCCAUUAGGAUAGACUGUCUACGUCACACCCCCUAAACCCCUUAGGGAGCGUGAACCUAAAAUAUUUUGUGCGCCGGGUUGCCCUUUGUACACCAGGCAUCCCCUUUUACAUGUAUAGAACUCCUUUUUAGUAAUUGUAUUUUCACCUCACCUUUUGUUAGUGAUCCAGUUUAGAUGAUUGUAUAUAUGGUUAUCUUGUUUUCUUUCUUUCUUUCUUUGGGGAAAUUCUUAUUUUCGGCCUUAACACCUAAGGGAGCUCAAACCCGUGGGUAAAUAUGAAUUUGUUUUCUGGUGAUCUGAUA